AUGGGGGGAGGUCCAGGGAGACUGGUAGUGAUUGGGGGAUUAUUUCACUCGGCCCUUGCUCUGGGCCUGACAAGUUCUACAAUUUGCAGGUUUGGAAAAUGUGGUUUGGAAAAUGUGGUUAGUGGUAACGGUGGGUUCUACACAUGGGUAACGCUGGGACCUCCUCCACCUCAUCUUAUAGAGGGGAGGCCUACACCUGCCAACAGGUGGGGCACUUAUAACUGGAGCAUUGAGGUAAACGGAGAAAAGGAUGACCUAGGAAACACGGAGAGAAAAGGAGAAAAGGGUGACCCAGGAAUCUCUGGUGGCAAAGGAGAAAAGGGUGACAAAGGAAACUCUAAGGGAAAAGGAGAAAAGGGUGACACAGGAAACUCUGAGGGAAAAGGAGAAAAGGGUGACACAGGAAACUCUGGCGGCAAAGGAGAAAAGGGUGACAAAGGAAACUCCAAGGGAAAAGGAGAAAAGGGUGACACAGGAAACUCUGGCGGCAAAGGAGAAAAGGGUGACAAAGGAAACUCUAGUAUGUAUCAACAGUUUUGUAAGAAAAUUGUGUCCAGAUGCGGCAAAGGAGAAAAGGGUGACAAAGGAAACUCUAGUAUGUAUCAACAGUUUUGUAAGAAAAUUGUGUCCAGAUGCGGCAAAGGAGAAAAGGGUGACAAAGGAAACUCUAAGGGAAAAGGAGAAAAGGGUGACACAGGAAACUCUGGCGGCAAAGGAGAAAAGGGUGACAAAGGAAACUCUAAGGGAAAAGGAGAAAAGGGUGACACAGGAAACUCUGGCGGCAAAGGAGAAAAGGGUGACAGAGGAAACUCUAGUAUGUAUCAACAGUUUUGUAAGAAAAUUGUGUCCAGAUGCGGCAAAGGAGAAAAGGGUGACAAAGGAAACUCUAGUAUGUAUCAACAGUUUUGUAAGAAAAUUGUGUCCAGAUGCGGCAAAGGAGAAAAGGGUGACAAAGGAAACUCCAAGGGAAAAGGAGAAAAGGGUGACCCAGGAAACUCUGGCGGCAAAGGAGAAAAGGGUGACCCAGGAAACUCUGAGGGAAAAGGAGAAAAGGGUGACCCAGGAAACUCUGGAAUGAAAGGCGGACAGGGAGAAAAAGGCGACCAAGGAGAAAAAGGCAACAAAGGAGGCAAAGGAGACCAGGGAAACAAAGGUGACAAAGGGGACACAGGAAUGAAAGGCGGACAGGGAGAAAAAGGCGACAAAGGAGGCAAAGGAGACCAGGGAAACAAAGGUGACAAAGGAGACACAGGAAUGAAAGGCGGACAGGGAGAAAAAGGCGACAAAGGAGGCAAAGGAGACCAGGGAAACAAAGGUGACAAAGGAGACACAGGAAUGAAAGGCGGACAGGGAGAAAAAGGCGACCAAGGAGGCAAAGGAGACCAGGGAAACAAAGGUGACAAAGGUGACACAGGAUGCGAAGGACAAGACGGAAUGAAAGGAGACAAGGGAGACACGGGUGACACAGGAGAAAAAGGAGAACCAGGAAACAAUGGAAACAAAGGUGGAAAAGGAGAAAAGGGUGACAAGGGAAACACUGGAGGAAAAGGAGAACCAGGAAACAAUGGAAACAAUGGUGGAAAAGGAGAAAAGGGUGACAAGGGAAACACUGGAGGAAAAGGAGAACCAGGAAACAAUGGAAACAAUGGUGGAAAAGGAGAAAAGGGUGACAAGGGAAACACUGGAGAAAAAGGAGAACCAGGAAACAAUGGAAACAAUGGUGGAAAAGGAGAAAAGGGUGACAAGGGAAACACUGGAGGAAAAGGAGAACCAGGAAACAAUGGAAACAAUGGUGGAAAAGGAGAAAAGGGUGACAAGGGAAACACUGGAGAAAAAGGAGAACCAGGAAACAAUGGAAACAAUGGAGGAAAAGGAGAACCAGGAAACAAUGGAAACAAUGGUGGAAAAGGAGAAAAGGGUGACAAGGGAAACACUGGAGAAAAAGGAGAACCAGGAAACAAUGGAAACAAUGGUGGAAAAGGAGAAAAGGGUGACAAGGGAAACACUGGAGGAAAAGGAGAACCAGGAAACAAUGGAAACAAUGGUGGAAAAGGAGAAAAGGGUGACAAGGGAAACACUGGAGGAAAAGGAGAACCAGGAAACAAUGGAAACAAUGGUGGAAAAGGAGAAAAGGGUGACAAGGGAAACACUGGAGAAAAAGGAGAACCAGGAAACAAUGGAAACAAUGGAGGAAAAGGAGAACCAGGAAACAAUGGAAACAAUGGUGGAAAAGGAGAAAAGGGUGACAAGGGAAACACUGGAGAAAAAGGAGAACCAGGAAACAAUGGAAACAAUGGAGAAAAAGGAGAACCAGGAAACAAUGGAAACAAUGGUGGAAAAGGAGAAAAGGGUGACAAGGGAAACACUGGAGAAAAAGGAGAACCAGGAAACAAUGGAAACAAUGGUGGAAAAGGAGAAAAGGGUGACAAGGGAAACACUGGAGAAAAAGGAGAACCAGGAAACAAUGGAAACAAUGGAGAAAAAGGAGAAUCAGGAAACAAUGGAAACAAUGGUGGAAAAGGAGAAAAGGGUGACAAGGGAAACACUGGAGAAAAAGGAGAACCAGGAAACAAUGGAAACAAUGGUGGAAAAGGAGAAAAGGGUGACAAGGGAAACACUGGAGAAAAAGGAGAACCAGGAAACAAUGGAAACAAUGGAGAAAAAGGAGAAUCAGGAAACAAUGGAAACAAUGGUGGAAAAGGAGAAAAGGGUGACAAGGGAAACACUGGAGAAAAAGGAGAACCAGGAAACAAUGGAAACAAUGGUGGAAAAGGAGAAAAGGGUGACAAGGGAAACACUGGAGGAAAAGGAGAACCAGGAAACAAUGGAAACAAUGGUGGAAAAGGAGAAAAGGGUGACAAGGGAAACACUGGAGAAAAAGGAGAACCAGGAAACAAUGGAAACAAAGGAGAAAAAGGAGAACCAGGAAACAAUGGAAACAAAGGAGAAAAAGGAGAACCUGGAAGCAAUGGAAACAAAGGAGAAAAGGGACAACCAGGACACAAUGGAAACAAAGGUGGAAAAGGAGAAAAGGGUGACAAAGGAAACACUGGUAUGUAUUAA